AUGGCUUCCAAACAGUCUACAACCGAGAACGAGCUCUCCUGUUCUAUCUGUCAUGAAAUCUUCAAGGAUCCAGUUUUCCUCUCUUGCAGCCAUAGCUUCUGCAGAACUUGUAUACAACUUUCUUGGCAGAACAAUACAAGUCUCAGAUGUCCUAUUUGUAGGAGAAGAUCUUCUAAGACUGAUCCUCCCUCUAAUCUAGUCCUGAAGAACCUGUGUGAAGUCUUUUUGCAGGAGGCCUGUCUGACAGAUGAGGAUCCUAAGUUGCUCUGCAGCCUACAUGGUGAGAGACUCAAACUCUACUGCAAGAAGGACAAACACCCUAUGUGCGUUGAAUGUCUGAUAAAGGAGCACAAGAAUCACAAGAUCUGCUCAAUAACAGAGGCUGCUACACCUCACAGGAUAACUCUGACGAUCCUGCUGAAUACACUAGAGGAGAAACAAAAGCUCUUCCAUAAGUUUAACAAAAUCUUUAAUGAAACAAAGGAGUACAUAAAGACACAAGCUCAGCAGACAGAAAAGCAGAUAAAGAGGCAAUUUGAGGAACUUCACCAGUUUCUACGAAAUGAAGAGGCUACUAGAAUUGUAGCACUGAGUAAGGAAUUAGACCAGAAGAGUGCAUUGAUGAAUGCGAAGAUGGAGGAGAUGACCAAGGAGAUUUCAUCUUUCUCAGACAGAAUAAAUGCCAUAACAGAACUGAUUGGCACAGAUGACAUUUCACUUCUGAAGAACUCUGUAACUACAGAUACUGGAUCCAUGCCCUUGGAUCCCAGGAUAGUUCCAGGGUCCCUGAUCAAUGUGGCCAGUCACCUGAGCUCUCUGAAAUACAAAGUCUGGGAGAAGAUGCUGGGGAUUGUUCAAUACAUUCCAGUGACUCUGGACCCUAACACUGCAGACAUCAAUCUCUUCAUUUCAGAAGACCUGACCAGUGUGAAAGAGACUAUUUAUAUACAGCCGUUUCCUGACAACCCAGAAAGGAUUAAUGCCUUUUCAGGUGUCCUGGGCUCUGAGGGUUUCAGCUCAGGGAAACACUACUGGGAUGUUGCAGUUGGAAAUGACAAUGAAUGGGUUGUAGGUGUAGCCAAGGAAUCCAUCAACAGGAAAAAGUAUUGCAUAGCUUCUCCUAAAGAAGGAUUCUGGAGUAUAGGGAUGUCCCAUGGUGAGUGCAAAGCAUUAACGUCCCCACCAACAAAACUCCCAAACAAGAAAUUCCAUAAGAUUAGAGUGCAGCUGGACUGUGAUGAGGGUAAAGUGACAUUCUUAGACCUCACAAACAACACAACUCUCUACACAUUCAAACAUAAAUUCAACGAAAGAGUGUUUCCUUAUUUUUUCAUAAAUGGAAAUAACGCACUUAUAAUCCUGCCUGUUCAGCAAUUGUCAUUAAAGGUUCGUGCUCCUCAGGAUUAA